GCGCUAGCGAGCGACGCGACGCGACGCGACAGACGCAGGGAUCAUGGACGCUCCGCAGCGCGCCGCCCCUCUCUGAGCUCUUCUCUGUCCUCACACCCGCGGUGCUGAAAUCAGCCUCGACCCGACAGCAAUGUAACGGCAAUGAGACAAAGACACCGGCAGCCCGACUAACACACCGAUAAUGGACGAUGAUUUGUUUCAGUUAAGACAGCUCCCAGUGGUGAAAUUUCGGCGUACAGGUGAAAGCACUCGCUCAGAGGAUGAGUGUGGCGGAAGGGAAGAGGUGGAGGGAGGACGGACGGAUAUGGAGUCUGUUUCCCUGGCCGAUGCUGCUCCGGUGCCUCGGGAAUUUGCCAACCCCACUGAUGAUACCUUUAUGGUUGAGGAUGCAGUGGAAGCCAUUGGCUUUGGAAUGUUCCAGUGGAAACUGUCCAUCCUGACUGGACUUUCCUGGAUGGCCGAUGCCAUGGAGAUGAUGAUUCUCAGUAUUUUGGCCCCUCAGCUGCACUGUGAGUGGGCACUGCCCAGCUGGCAGGUGGCACUGCUAACUUCGGUAGUAUUUAUUGGAAUGAUGAUCAGUUCGUCACUAUGGGGAAACAUAUCUGAUAAAUAUGGGAGAAAAACAGGUUUGAAGAUGAGUGUAUUUUGGACUCUGUUUUACGGCCUCCUCAGUGCGUUUGCACCUAUAUACGGAUGGAUCCUGUUCCUCAGAGCUCUGGUGGGCUUCGGCAUCGGAGGGGCUCCACAAUCAGUAACAUUGUAUGCUGAGUUUCUCCCCAUGCGGUCCAGAGCCACUUGCAUUCUGUUGAUUGAGAUAUUCUGGGCUUUGGGUACAGUGUUUGAAGUGAUGCUGGCUAUUUUGGUGAUGCCUACUUUGGGCUGGCGCUGGCUGCUGGCCCUCUCCACCAUUCCACUCUUCAUUUUUGCUUUUCUUUGCUUUUGGCUGCCGGAGAGCGCUCGUUACGACGUCCUGACGGGAAACCAGGAGAAGGCUUUAAACACACUCAAACGCAUUGCAACAGAGAAUAAUGUCCCCAUGCCGCUGGGAAAACUCAUAGUGGCCAGACAGGAGGACAGGGGGAAAAUUCAAGAUCUUUUCUCUCCACACUUCCGCUGGACCACUAUUCUGCUCUGGUUCAUUUGGUUCUCUAAUGCAUUCUCAUAUUAUGGUGUGGUUUUGCUGACGACUGAGCUUUUCCAGGAGGGAGGUGCCUGUGGUAGGACGAAGGGCAGUAAAAUGGAGCCAAGUUGCAGCUUGGAGUGCAAAUAUCUGAAUUCAGAUGAUUACAAAGACCUUCUGUGGACCACACUUUCUGAGUUUCCUGGCCUGCUGGUGACCCUGUGGGCGAUUGAUCGAUUAGGGAGGAGGAUGACUAUGGCGUUGUGUUUCUUUGUCUUCUCUCUCUGCAUUGUGCCGCUCUACGGCUGUGUGGGAAGGACGUCUUUGACAGUAUUUAUAUUCAUCGCAAGGGCUUUUAUCGCUGGAGGUUUCCAGGCUGCUUACGUGUACACCCCUGAGGUGUAUCCCACAGCCACGAGGGCACUGGGUUUGGGCACCAGUAGUGGGAUGGCUCGGGUUGGAGCUCUCAUCACACCAUUUGUGGCACAGGUGAUGCUGGAGUCAUCUGUGUACCUGACUCUGUCGGUGUACUGUAGCUGCUGCUUGCUGGCUGCUAUCGCUUCCUGUGCCCUGCCCAUAGAGACCACAGGACGAGGUCUCCAGGAGUCCAGUCACAGAGAGUGGGGUCAGGAGAUGAUGGGACGGGCCUCAGACCACAGUCCUGGAGGGAUUCCACAUUCCAGCUCUGGAUCACAGGACUGAGAAACACCACACAUAGGUCUGGAAAGACUUUGUAGAAGAAAUUGGGAAUCUUUUCUUUAAAAA